GACACAUAGAGAUAGAGAGAGAGAGAGAGCUAGAGAGAGAGAAAGAAAAAUGGGGAGGAGUCCAUGUUGCUUCAAGCAGGAAGGACUUAACAGAGGAGCCUGGACUGCCUUGGAAGAUAAAGUACUAACAUCUUACAUCAAAGCUCACGGAGAAGGCAAAUGGAGGAACCUCCCGAAGAGAGCUGGUUUGAAGAGAUGUGGUAAGAGCUGUAGGCUGAGAUGGUUAAACUAUCUCAGGCCAGACAUAAAGAGAGGUAACAUAUCCGGGGAUGAAGAAGAACUCAUUAUCAGACUCCAUAAUCUUCUUGGCAACAGAUGGUCUCUGAUAGCUGGAAGGCUACCGGGCCGAACAGACAAUGAAAUCAAGAACUACUGGAACACCACUCUGGCAAAGAAAGCAAAACCCGAAUCGCAUUCCGGAUCAUCCAAGGAAACAUCUCCCGCUCCGACCAGAUUCAGGCCCAGAAAGGCAUCAGCCGCAGCCACUACUCAACCUCAAGUGAUAAGAACCAAGGCCACUAGGUUAACCAGAAUGCCAGUCCCGUCACUCCCACUUCUUAUCGAUGAUUGUUCAACAUCCACAACCGCAUUAGAGCUUCAAGUUCCUCAAACCCAGUUGGUAAGUUCACUUCCUGAAGAUGCAGUAAACACACAAGUAUACUUUCAGGGGACUGAUGCCAUGAACUUUGGCUGCAAUGGAUUUCAAGCAACUGCUGGUGAUGAUGAAGAUGCUAAGGGAGACUACGAUAUUCCAUUAGAUGAUGGAAUGCUCAAUGACUGGACGGGAAAUGGGAACUGUGAUCUUGAGAACUAUGGUGCUUCACUAGAUUUAGAUUCCUUGUCAUUUUUGCUUGAUUCUGAUGACUGGCUGGGCCAGGAAAAUAGUAUCUAAUUGAUAAAAUAUAUAGUAGAGGCACAUCAUAAUCUCACACAUGUUACAUUUAAAGUUUUAAACAAUAAAAGUGAUGCUAAACAAAAUAAAUUACCGCUCCCUCUCUUUCUUUUAACAGGAAGAUG